AUGGCAAAGAGCACUGUGUCACUGCUUCUACUGCUGGUGGUGGUGCAUGGUGUCUUUGUGCCAGCUUCAGCACAACUCUGCAGUCUGCUUGGUCACUCUGCAUUUCCUGUACUUUCUGCAGAAAGAGACAUCAACAUUGGAGCAAUUUUCUCAAUUCACAGAAGUGCUCUGCUAAAGAUGCACCCUUUCACUUCCAAACCAGAGCCAACAACAUGCCUCAGGUUAAACUUGCGUGAAUUUAAAUUUGCUCAGACAUUUAUUUUUGCCAUUGAGGAGAUAAAUAACAGCACACAGCUUUUGCCUGGAGUUUCUUUGGGUUAUAAAAUAUACGAUGCCUGUAACUCUAUAGCAUUGGCUAUCCUCUCAGGCAUGUCUUUGAUGAAUGGUUAUGAAAAUAUUUUGAGUGAUAUAUCCUGCUCUCGAUCACCAGCUGUCCAGGCCAUUGUUGGAGAGUCGACAUCUUCUCCUACCAUAGCUUUGGCUACUGUGGUUGGGGCAUUCAACAUACCUGUUAUCAGUCAUUUUGCCACAUGCACGUGCCUGAGUAACAGGAAAAUAUAUCCAUCCUUCUUUAGAACAAUACCCAGUGAUUAUUACCAAAGCAGAGCGCUGGCACAGCUUGUCAAGUAUUUUGGCUGGACCUGGGUUGGGACGGUCAGGAGUCGCAGUGACUAUGGUAAUAAUGGGAUAGCAGCAUUUGAAGAGGCUGCAAAACAAGAAGGUAUUUGCAUUGAAUAUUCAGAAGCUGUAUUAAGAACUGAUCCACCAGAGCAGUUUCUGAAGACACUGGAAGUGAUUAAAAAGGGCACAGCCAGGGUUGUGGUGGCUUUUAUCUCAUUUGGAGAUUUUGCCCCCCUUGUGAAAGUAAUUGCAGAACAAAACAUCACAGGGCUGCAGUGGGUUGGCAGUGAAUCCUGGAUAACAUCUCGAAAUCUUGCAGAAACCAAGGAAUACAGUUUCCUUUCUGGAGCUGUGGGCUUUGCUGUAGUAAAUGCCAAGCUUCUGGGUCUGCGAGAGUUCCUAGUGAAUGUGAACCCUAAUCAAGAACAAAAAAAUGAACUUUUAAAGGAAUUCUGGGAAACAGCUUUUCAGUGUUCUUUCAGAUCCAGUGGUAGUAAUGCCUGUACUGGCUCAGAGAAACUGGCAGAGCUGCAAAAUGAAUAUACUGAUGUAUCUGAGCUACGAAUAGAACAUAAAGCUUACACUGCAGUGUAUGCUGUUGCACACACACUGCAUAAUGUUUUAAAAGACUUUAAAUCAUCCACCAACAACAGCAAAGGAGAGCUGCCCACACCAAAAAAAGUAUUGCAAUAUAUGAGAGAUGUGAGCUUCACUAUGAAAACAGGUGAGAAUAUAUUUUUUGAUGCAAGUGGUGAUCCAGUGGCAAUAUAUGACCUGGUGAACUGGCAGCCUGCUGAGGAUGGAAGAUUACAGUUCGAGAAUGUGGGUGUCUAUGACAGCUCACUGCCUUUAGAGCAACGUCUUCAAGUUAAUCAGGAACACAUACUAUGGGCAGGGAAGAGAGCACAGUUGCCUGGGUCCGUGUGCAGUGAAAGCUGCCCCACUGGAACUAGAAAGACUGUGCAGAAAGGUCGGCCUGUUUGCUGUUAUGACUGUACUCCAUGUGCAGAAGGAGAAAUCAGUAAUAGCACAGAUUCUAGUGACUGCUUUCCUUGUGAUUUGGAGUACUGGUCGAAUGAAAGCAGAGACAGAUGUGUAUUAAAAGUGGUUGAAUUCCUUUCCUAUACAGAAAUCAUGGGGAUGGUGCUUUGCAUUUUCUCCUUCAUUGGCGUAUUAUUAACAGCAAUGGUAUCUUUUCUGUUUUAUCUCCAUAAAGAAACACCUAUUGUAAGAGCCAACAACUCAGAGCUGAGCUUCCUGUUGCUCUUCUCACUCUCACUGUGUUUUCUCUGUUCACUAACUUUCAUUGGCCGGCCCACUGAGCUGUCCUGUAUGUUGCGUCACACAGCAUUUGGGAUCACUUUUGUCCUUUGUAUCUCCUGUGUUCUGGGGAAAACAUUGGUAGUUUUAAUGGCCUUCAGAGCUACGCUUCCAGGAAGUGAUGUCAUGAAAUGGUUUGGGCCUGCACAGCAGCGACUCAGUGUUGUUUCCUUAACAUUAAUACAGGUGAUUGUCUGUGUGCUUUGGUUAACAAUAUCCCCUCCUUUCCCAUAUAUGAAUUUAAGCUAUUAUAGAGAAAAAAUAAUUCUAGAAUGUAAUGUAGGUUCAGCUCUUGGUUUCUGGACUGUUCUGUGUUAUACUGGCCUGCUAUCAAGCUUGUGUUUUGUUUUAGCUUUUCUUGCUCGGAAGCUCCCUGAUAACUUCAAUGAGGCCAAGUUCAUCACAUUCAGCAUGCUCAUAUUCUGUGCUGUCUGGCUCACAUUUAUCCCAGCUUAUGUCAGUUCUCCUGGAAAAUUUACUGUAGCUGUGGAGAUAUUUGCCAUUUUAGUUUCAAGUUUUGGUUUACUAUUUUGCAUAUUUGCCCCAAAAUGUUACAUAAUUUUGCUAAAACCAGAGAAAAACACAAAGAAACAAAUGAUGGGGAAAUCUUCUACAGCUCUUUGAAACAAGAGUUA